GCGCCGGGUGUUACAUGGAGGGUCUCUGAGUCAACACAGUGGUGGUGUGAGUGGCGGCAACAACAGUACUCUAGCUAAAACAAAUAUGACAACAAAUCGACCAAGGGUUCAAGUUCUGUAUCUUCCAGAUGAAGAGAGUGACGAGCUGAAAAUUACUCCGUUGGGGUCUGGUCAAGAGGUUGGACGAUCAUGUCACUUCUUAGAAUUCAAAGGCAAAAAAGUCUUGCUGGACUUUGGCAUCCAUCCUGCACUGACUGGAAUGAGUGCUCUGCCCUUUGUUGACCAUAUUGAUCCUGAACAAAUAGACUUGAUGCUUGUGUCGCACUUCCAUCUGGACCAUGCUGGUGGCUUGCCGUGGUUUUUGAUGCGAACACGCUUCAAAGGACGUUGCUUCAUGACUCAUCCAACUAAAGCAAUUUACAAGUGGCUUCUCUCUGAUUACAUUAAAGUUAGUAACAUUGCCACUGAGCACAUGCUGUACUCAGAGAGUGACCUUGAAGCUUCCCUUAACAAAAUUAAUGUGAUUAACUUCCAUGAAGAGAAGGAGGUACAUGGCAUCAAGUUUUGGUGCUAUCACGCAGGACAUGUUCUCGGUGCUGCAAUGUUUAUGAUUCAGAUUGCUGGUGUAAAGAUCCUCUAUACUGGUGACUUUUCAAGGCAAGAGGACCGUCACCUUAUGAUGGCAGAAAUACCACAGAUUCGACCAGAUGUUUUGAUGAUUGAGUCAACAUAUGGAGUCAGCAUUCAUGAACCCCGUGAGAGUAGAGAAUCACGCUUCACUACAACAGUUCAUACAAUUGUAGGCCGAGGAGGCCGCUGUCUAAUACCUGUAUUUGCUCUUGGCCGAGCACAGGAACUUCUAUUGAUUUUGGAUGAAUAUUGGCAACUACACCCUGAGUUACAUGAGGUACCCAUCUAUUAUGCCUCAGCUCUUGCCAAGAAGUGCAUGAGUGUCUAUCAAACUUAUACACAUGCUAUGAAUGAAAGGAUUCAGCGACAGAUAUCUAUCAGUAAUCCUUUUCAGUUCAAGCAUAUUUCAAACCUAAAGGGGAUGGACCAGUUUGAGGAUAUUGGGCCAUGUGUCAUUAUGGCUUCACCAGGUAUGAUGCAGAGUGGACUUUCUCGGGAAUUAUUUGAAAUGUGGUGUCCUGAUCCUAAAAAUGGAGUCAUAAUUGCAGGUUACUGUGUGGAAGGUACAUUGGCCAAAGAAAUAUUAAAGGAGCCAGAGGAAGUGACUACUAUGUCAGGUCAGAGAUUACCAAUGAAGUGUUCUGUUGAAUACAUCUCCUUCUCUGCCCACACUGACUUUGAGCAGACUUCACACUUCAUCCGUACUAUUCGACCUCCAAAUGUGGUUUUGGUGCAUGGAGAAAUGACAGAAAUGUCACGUUUGAAGGCAGCCCUUGAGAGAGAAUACGAAGGUAGCACAGAAAAUCCUGUAAAAGUGUUCAACCCGAAGAAUCUUGAGACUGUCACAUUUCACUUCAGGGGGGAGAAAAUGGCUAAGGUAAUGGGAGAACUUGCUGUUAAUAAACCCAAAGAGAAUGGCGUAGUUUCUGGUAUUUUGGUUAAACGGAACUUCAACUGUCAUAUCAUUUCUCCCAAAGAAUUAGGCAAGUACAGUGAACUCUCGGUGUCUACCAUUAGUCAGAGAACCAGCAUCCACUACACUGGAUCUUGGCAGCUGCUUCACUACCUCUUAGCCUCCAUGUAUGGCAGCAUUGAGGCUAUUGCUUCUGACAGUUCUGAGAACACAAGUCUCCGAGUAUUUGAUGCUGUUACUAUUGUUCAGGAGCCACCAGUUGUGGUACUAGAAUGGGUUGCCAGUCCAACAAGUGACAUGUAUGCUGAUGCUGUAAUGAAGGUGAUUCUUAAGGCACAAGAGCUAGAUAGCAGUUCCAUCUCUGUGCCAUCAGUCACAAGUGCAGUGUUUGACAAGAUGCACUUCAAGGAGUGUUUAAUAGAGUUAUUCCAAGAAAUGUUUGGGGAAGACUCUGUGCCCAAGAUAUUUAAAGGUGAAAAGCUCUACGUGGAUGUCAACAACAUUAAGGCGAAUAUUGAUCUUUCCUCUUUGAGAGUAACGUGUGAAAGUGAAAAACUACAGAGAAUUGUUCAAACAGCUGUAACAAAACUGUUUGAAUCCUUAGCACCCGUUACAGUUGGUGUAAAAAAAUAAAAAAACUCUAUAAUACAGCAUUUAUGAAGUUGUGCAUUUUGUAUAAUGAAAUACUAUAGUUGACCGGAAACUGCAUAGUACAGAUAAGUUAACUUUUAUUUAAUUAUUAAUACGCUUUUCCUAAUUAAACUGUUUCUCUCUUGGAAAUAAUGGUUGUCUACACAAUACUGUACACUGAAAAUGAAAUAUAAUUAUUGUGCACUGUUUGGUAUGGGUUUAGCCAGGGAUAAUUAAGCACUACCUAUCAUAUCUCAGAGUGACUUCCAGAGGUACAGUCACUGGAUGGGAGUUGUAUGUGUGUGUGUGUCCAUACUAUGAAACCUGCACAAUUAGGCAUGCAUACAGUGCUCUCAACUAAUGACUAAAUCUCUGGUAGCCACCCAAGUGACCCAAGGAUAUGACAAGUGGUGCUUAAACACACCUGGAAUACAUUCAAGGGCAAAACUGCUGGAUAAUAUGUUCAUACCCUUUAACACCGAGGAUAAUGUUAGAGUAAUACUGUAUUGCAGUUCACUGUCAAUAAUUUUCCCAAUUAUGUUUUAAGAAAAUAUGUACUAGUUAAAAUAUAGAUUCUUAUGAA